GUACCACACUUUACUGGGACCUGAGGGUUUCCGCAAAGGAAUGGAUUUAUAUUUUCAGCGUCACGACGGGCAGGCUGUCACCUGCGACGACUUUAGAAAGGCAAUGCAAGACGCAAAUAAUAAAGAUUUUACGCAGUUCGAACGGUGGUACUCACAGGUAUUGGAGUUAGUUGAAGAGGAGCAGUUGUUUGAGGUAGAGGGAAUUGAAGAAGAUUGUGUAUUGUCUCUGUUUAGAGGUUUCUCAGCCCCUGUGAAGGUGUCUCCUUUUUAUAAUGAUGAGGAGACAGCGUUCUUAAUGUCUUAUGAUACGGAUGCCUUCAGUCG